GCGUGAGGGGCGUAGGACUCGGAGGAGCAGCUGUCUGCCACACUAUGGCGCCAACACAGAUCAGAGGCCCGCGGUGCUAGGUGAGGCACCUGCCGCCGUGGGGCGGGACGUCUGGAGUCGGGGACUCACAACUCCCCCUUUCCCCCGACUCCGAGCGCCCGGCGGCGGGGCGCAUGCGCAAUGCCUCCCCGUGAGGGAGGAGAGAAGAUGGCGGAAGCGGAACUGAAAGAACGUUGCACUGCAAUGGAGAAUGAAUCAAAUGCAACGACGUGUUCCGCAUGUACAACUACUACCACCACCACCACCUCCUCCUCCUCCUCCUCUCGGACACAACCACCACAGAUAUCUGUCUAUAGUGGAUCCGACAGACAUGCUGUACAGGUUAUUCAACAAGCCUUGCAUCGUCCCCCCAGCUCAGCUGCUCAGUAUCUUCAGCAGAUGUAUGCAGCCCAACAACAGCAUUUAAUGCUGCAGACUGCCGCUCUACAACAGCAACACUUAAGCAGUACCCAGUUUCAGAGUCUGGCAGCUGUUCCACAGGCAAGCCUGUCAGGUGGAAGGCAGUGUUCAUCCCCUACUGGGAGCGUCACUCAGCAGUCAAGCAUAUCGCAGACCUCGAUUAACCUUUCCACCUCUCCUACACCUCCACAAUUAAUAAGCCGUUCGCAGACCUCAAACACUACUAGCAGCAGUAUAACCCAACAGACUAUGUUGCUGGGGAGCACUUCUCCUACCCUGAGUGCAAGCCAGGCUCAAAUGUACCUCCGAGCACAAAUGCUGAUUUUCACUCCUGCUACCACUGUGGCUGCUGUCCAGUCUGACAUUCCUGUUGUCUCAUCAUGUUCCUCUUCCUGUCAGUCUGCAGCUACUCAGGUUCAGAACUUAACAUUGCGCCAUCAGAAGUUGGGCGUAUUGUGUAGUUCACAGAAUGGCCCACCAAAGAGCAGCUGUCAAGCUCAGUCAUUGGCUCUAUGUACUAAUAAAACUGUGACCGGUACCAAGGCCAGCCAACCUGAUUCUCCAGACAGCAACCGAAAAGGAGAGAGCCCAGCAUCUGAGUGUCGAAGUACAUCUGUCACACGAACAUCAAGUAUACAUCAGUUAAUAGCGCCAGCUUCAUAUUCUGCAAUUCAACCUCAUUCUCUAAUAAAACAUCAACAAAUACCUCUUCAUUCACCACCUCCAAAGAUUUCCCAUCAUCAGCUGAUAUUACAACAGCAGCAAGUUCAGCCAAUCACACUUCAGACUCCUCCUGAUCAGGAACCACCUCCAUCACAACACUAUGUUCCACUCCAAAGCCAUGGUCUUCCUCCAGUUCCUAAUAGUGUCCAGUCACAACAUUGCUCACCUGUUCACAUCCAUCCUCCUCCUUUAACAAUAUCUCCUACUCCAUCCCCAUCAGCUCAGCAGUCAGUAGUGGUGUCUCCUACGCCUGCUCACUCACCUAGUCAGUCGCCCACCAUAAUAAUUCAUCCACAAGCACUUAUUCAGUCACAAGCACAUCCUCUUAUGCCAUCAGCUGUACAGUCGGAGCAGAAUCCACAGCAGCCCACUACUAGUCAAGUACGACCAGUAACACAACAGCUUAAUCUUCCAUCCCAUCUUACAGUUCCACCUUCCCCAGUAGUACACAUUGGGCCAGUAGAUCAGCCGAACUUGAUGUCCCCGGGCCAGCAGACAGUGUCUCCAACACCACAUCAGCAAUAUCCGCCCUUACAGUCCGUGCCAAUCCCAGUUGCAACCCCUCCACAGCUGUCAACAUCUCCAACCCAGAUUCAACAACUGCCCUUGCAGUCUGUGCAAUCUUUACAAAUGCAGCCUGAAAUUCUAUCCCAGGGCCAGGUUUUGGUGCAAAAUACUUUGGUUUCUGAGGAGGAGCUUCCUGCUGCAGAAGCUUUGGUCCAACUGCCAUUUCAGACUCUUCCGCCACCACAGACUGUUGCAGUAAACCUUCAAGUACAACCGUCGGUACCUGUUGAAACCCCUGUGAUUUACCAAGUGGAGAACGUGUGUGAGGAAGAGAUGCCAGAGGAGUCUGAAUGCGUCCGUAUGCUUAGAACACCUACCCCACCAACCUUGUCUCCACCGAUCAUAACCUUAGGGAAUGGCGAGGAGCUUGCUUCAGAGGCGCCUUUGUCAGAACAAGUGGGACUUCCUGCAGUGGCAUCAUCAGUCAGUGCCUCAGUAAUUAAAUCUCCAUCAGACCCUUCACAUGCCUCUCUUCCACCACCUCCUCUUUUGCUUCCGGCAGCUGCCACAAGGAGUAACAUCACAUCAAUACCUAAUAGCAUUCCUAACCUAGAAAACAAACCUCCACAGGCUAUCGUUAAACCACAGAUCCUGACUCAUGUUAUUGAGGGCUUUGUGAUUCAGGAGGGUUUAGAGCCAUUUCCUGUAAGUCGUUCAUCUCUUCUGAUUGAGCAGCCUGCGAAAAAAAGGCUCCUAAUGGAGGGUCAGGUCAUGAGUGUCAUGUGUGUUGAGUCAGAGCUGCAGAACAAUACAAAACAUGCAGAGAACUCCUCAGACACAGAGAUAGAGGACAUAAUUACAGAAGAGGGGCUAGAUGAAAUGGAAAAUGAUCUCCUGAAGUGUGAGUUUUGUGGAAAAAUGGGAUAUGCUAAUAAGUUCCUACGGUCAAAGCGAUUCUGCUCCAUGUCCUGUGCCAAAAGGCACAACGUUAGUUGCACUAAAAAAUUUGGGCUGUUUACAUCAGACAAGAACAGUCGUUGGAAUCGGAAGGCAGAUAGCCAAAGUCUUGGGCGACAUGCACGUCGACCAAGUGGCUCUGAUGGGUCAUCACGAGAGCACUUCCUUAGACAGCUUCCAAUUACUUAUCCAUCUGCAGAAGAUGAUUUGGUUUCUCAUGAUGAUGGUGUGCCAGCUGCCAUGACCACUCGUCUGCGAAGACAAAGUGAGAGGGAAAGAGAACGUGAACUUAGGGAACUAAAAAUUAGGAAAAUGCCAGAGAAUGUUGACUUGCUACCAUCUGUACAAGCUGAUCCAUCAGUGUGGACAGUUGAUGAAGUUUGGGCCUUCAUACGUUCUUUGCCUGGUUGUCAAGAUAUUGCAGAUGAAUUUAGAGCACAAGAGAUCGAUGGACAGGCCCUUCUCUUGUUGAAGGAGGAUCACCUUAUGAAUGCAAUGAACAUUAAGCUGGGACCUGCACUGAAAAUUUGUGCACGAAUCAACUCAUUGAAGGAGUCCUAGUGGGAAGCUUUAGACAGUAGCCUCUCUCUCUCUAACAGACUGAUACACACUAUGGCAUACCUAUUACUGUGAUGUUUUGUUAAAUAUUUUUUUUCACAUAAAGACGUUAAAAUUUACUCCUCCAGCUGUAUCAUAUAAUCCUCCAAAACUUUCAGUAAUUAGCAGAUUUAUAAGCAAUGCUGGGGAAUCGUUAGAAUAAAGCAGAGGGUGAGGUAGGAUGAAUGGCACAUAUAAAAUGUAAUAUGUUGUGGUAGAUGAUACUAUUCUCCCCCAAAAAAACCCCAUAGUCUGUAUCAUACAAGAUUAAGGUUUUUUUAACACAAUCUGAUCAUCAUUUAAAUUAUAUUCAUAUAUUCAGAAAAACAGAUUUUCCCAUAGAAGCAUUUUUUAAACUAUGGAAUAACAGAAGAGUCCACUGAGAGUAUGUCUACACUACCCGUUGGAUUGGCGGGUAGCAAUCGGUUUAUCGGGGAUCGAUAUAUCGCAUCUCAUCUCGACGCCAUAUAUCGAUCCCCGAAUGCGCUCCUGUUGACUCCGGAACUCCACCAGAGCGAGCGGCGGUAGCAAAGUCGACGGGGAGCCGCGGCCAUCGAUCCCGCGCCAUGAGGAUGGGAGGGAAGUCGAAAUAAGGUACUUCGACUUCAGCUACGCUAUUCACGUAGCUGAAGUUGCAUAUCUUACAUCAACCCCGCCUCCUAGUGUAGACCAGGCCAAAGUGUGUGGAAGCACUGUUUAUGGUAAAAUGCUAUGCAUUUAGGCAUGCUCUCUGAGUUUCGUUUAGACUUGAGCAUAUCGUUUGCAGGGAAUUUGUAACAAACCUCUUCUUCUUAUAGCGUAAAGCUUAUCUGUUUGCCACUGUAGUAUUUUUUUUCGUGUGGAAGCAUUCUGUAAAAUGUACGUAGGAUGUUCAUAAUCCUGACACUCGCAAUGGUAGAGCUACUGACAUGCAAAUGGCAUGACACUCUUCCCAGAGAGUACUGAAGCACAUACAUCACUUUUGUUGUUUGUAUGCUGGUAUGCACUAAGAGGGCAUUAAGUUGUUAUACUUCUAGUUUGCUUCCUGCUAGUUAACCUAGACCAAUGCACACUUGCUGGUUAAAAGAAAAGAAUUAGUCAAAGGUGUGCUGAUAUUUGGCUCCUAUUUCACAGAUGACCUUGAAGAGCAAAUUGGAGCUGCAGAAAAAUGUCUACUUCCCUUUCCUUCAGUAGACAUAACACUUUGUUUCCAUCAGCAGACUUUCUGUCGAUAUCUACCAGAGCUCAGCAUUAGAACCACUGCAUUUAAUUAUAACUUCUUGAACUGACUCUCUCAAAAGAUUCUGUUCUGAUAUUUUCUAUCAGCCUCUGAACCUGGAAGUUAGGAUUGCCCAAAGUUACCUACUAAUGCAACAUAUAUGAUGAGAGCUUAACACCCUGUGGGGCACCAAAAGAUUUUGAAAAAUACACAGCCAAAAGCUGGGGUUUUUUGCUAAGCACUUUUAGAUUUAUUUUUUUCUGCACACCUCAUGGUGUGGGGAAGACAGUCUAAUCUGGCUAAUCACAGUGUGGUUAAAUCAAACUCCUUAACUGAAUGUGCACUGUACAGAUAUUUGGCGAUGUUCAAUUCAGUGGUAAAAUAAUGGAUACUUUGGGUUCUCCUUAGCUGCCUUUUUUUUUUUUUUUUUAUCCUUAUCUGUGCUGGUUUGAUAAGCUAGUAGAAGACUAAAGAUAUGUUGCUAAGUUAUCUCUUGGAUUUGUCAAAACUAGACAGGGUUGAUUAUGCAAAAAUACUACUUGGUUAUUUUUUAAUCUUUA